AUAAUUUGCUAAAAUAUAAGCGAUUUUCAAUUGCAUAAAAUACCCUGUAACUAUUGGCAACUGUUAAACGUCGGCCAUCUUGAAUUUUAGUAAACAUGGAGGAACUUAAACUAUUUUGAAAAAUAAAUUCUUUUAAAUUGCAUCAAACGAAAUAAAAAUGGCAACGCAGACACAGACAUUGCGCAAAGCUCCUGUUCAAAUGUCCAGGACCCAUGAUUACCUGUAUGAUAAUCACCAUGUCCUUGCCAGUGAACGUGAUCAUGCCAGAGCUACGUUUAAGGCUCACACGGGGGCUGAUCGUGUUAAACGUGUCCCUGUGUACAAUACAAUGUUCAGCGAGCUUCGACACCAUCCAAGGUUUCAGAUGAGGCUUGAUGUCACUGAUCCAGUCCCUAAGUUCAUCUCAAGACAGUGGCGAGGAUAUGCAGACCAACACAGGGAGCAAUUGAUUAGAUACACAACGUUCAACUAUGACCCCAGUGUACAAGUUCCAGCAAAAGAAUAUUCUACCGCCCAUGUCAGGGGCUCAGACAGGUUCAAGUACUUCAGAAGGCCUAUUAUCCCUUUCCUGCAGCAGGUUCCACCAGAGGUGCUUCUCGCCACAGCAAGACACGACCCUCUUGCGGGGCCUGAUAUGCAGGUUGAGCGACCCCCGACGCCCCUCACACGUACCAUAGAGAUCCAGACUGAUUAUCGUGACUCUGAGGCCCAGACAGAUCCAUAUACUCCUGAGUAUGUUGUCCGGCCUGGAUCUGCCCCAGAGCUUCUCACUUUGGCUACGUUGUCACAUGGUCGGGGUUUGCCGGCGGGACGUGCCGAGGUUGAGAUGAUAGAGAGGGCCCGAGCCAAGCGGGCGUGGGAGGCAACUUUACCUCCAUUGAAUGACGUCUCCCAGCUGGAGAAACGUAAACGCAUGAUGGAUGAGAUGGAGCGGAAGGAAUGGGCUCUACGAGAACAGGAGAUUGAAAAACUCCAGGAGACCCGACUUGAAGUCCUCAAGCAGUUAUUAAAACAGCGUGAGGAGAACCACCAGGAACUCAAUAUUAAACGUCUUGAUAAACUGUGGUCUAAGAAACAGAAAGAAAAGGAAUCAAGGAUCAAGAAAAUCAGGAAUGAACAUAUUAAAACUAUUCGUAAGCUUACUGACAAACGCCGUAAAGUCGAGGGCAAACUUGAGCGACGUGAGGUUAUCAAUGACUAUGCCACGUAUGGCUCCCAGACAUACGCUCCACUCACCCGCGUCGGCAUCUUCAUUGACCGAGGCUCAGAACAAUACACUGUCAAGUCCCGACACUUAAACACUUACCAGGGUCUACUAGAACUAGAGGCAUCACUUCCAGAUUUUGUAACCCAGCCCCGUAUCAAGGGACCCAAGCCCAAAACAGUUACCAAGUCGGGCUUCGUCAAGAGAAAAUACAGGCAGGAGAUUGAACUUAUGGAUAUGCAUGAGACCAUCAAGGAGGCUAAACUGAAGGGAGAGGAAGAGCCCAAGCCGCUGCGAUUCCUCCAGAAGAUCGAGAAACCCAUUCCACGCCCGCCUACACCUACAGUUGAGGUGCCGUCGCAGGAGGAGGAGGAUCGAGAGUUGGCCGUGAUCUUCCUUCAGCAGGUCAUCAGAGGAAGAGCCAUACAGAACAUGAUGUAUGAGGGUAAAGAGAAGCGUAUGGAGCUGAUCCGGGAGUUGCGCAGCACCCACGCUCUACAGGACGCCGAACAGACCUACAAGAAACAGGAGAAACAAGCCACCCUUGCGUUACAGCGACAGAGACGACUUCAUGAACACCAGGAAUCACUGGUUGAUGAGGCCUUGGCUGGCGUGGAGGGUAAGAGUCUCGGAGAUAUGUUUGACUUCCUCAGCAAGGAGCUGGUACGUCUACAGGAGGAGCGCCGUAUCCAUGCAUUUUCAAUGCUUGCCGAGCGGCAGAGAAGGAUACGGGAAGCAGAAGAGAGUGGUCGGAGACAGGUGGAGGAACGGAGACGGAGAGAGGAGGAUGAGGUUUUCAAACAGGUUAUCCGAGUUCACCAGGACACUGUAGACUCGUAUUUGACAUCAAUUGUUAUCGGCUCGAUAGACGACACAGCUGAUGCCCAAGCUAGAAUGGAGGUUUCCGAGUAUGCAGAGAAAAUCAAUGAUAUCGCUUACGAUCUGGAGGACAAACGAACCCAACUACAGUCAGAGGAGAUUGUUGCUGACCUCGUCCACUGUUUCCUUAUUCCUGAAGUCCAGAAACAGACCGUCAGAGAAAAAAUUCGUCAGGACCAGAGGAGGUACCUUGUGGCUGCGCAUAAUGAAAUUCAUAAAGACAGUGAGCAGGUCAUAUCCAUGUACCCCCGCCAACCCAAAACUGUGACCCCACCCUCCAGUUCCACCCCCACACCGCCCAAGUGAAGAACUCAAAGUGGAAUAUAAACUAUAUUUUGUGAUAAAUGGAUAUUAAGUGUCUUGAGAGGGAAAACAUCUUUUAUAUUGGAAUAAAAAUAGGAAUACAUGUAUAUAUUCAUAUCCUGUUUUAGUGUAUGUCUGUGAUUUCUAAAUGCCUCACUGAAGUGGACAAGAGUUGGUUGAACUAAUUUGAGCUACAUCUGCCCUUAUUUGUACAUGUUGUACAAUCUUUACAAAGUUUACAAAAUGCCAGACCAGUGAUAGGAAUAUUUUCCUUGUUAUUGAACAAUCUGGUAUGAUUUAUUGGCUGUGUGAUUGUGUUUGUUUGAAUGGGUUAACUUGUUUGUAUGGAUGUGCUUAUUGGGUAUUUAUAGAAAUGCAUAAAUUUUGUACAACAUCAGGCAUUAAAAUGACCAAAUUAUUCUUAAUUCAGGUCUCCUGCGUAACUCAUUCAAAUUAUUUGUUUCAUAGAAAACCCGUUAAGGAUAAAAUAUUGACACUUUGACAUGUUCUACCAACUGUGAUAUUCAGAAUAGUUGUUUUAUUAUUGAUGUACAUGUGCAUUUCCAUUUACUUUUUCCAAUUCUUAGAAUGCGAACUAAGUUUCUCUGCAAAACUAGUAUUUAAGUGUAUACACUUCAAAACUGCAAUAGUUUAUCAGUUUAUGACUUAUGUGACUAAAGCUUUCUUAAUUCUCUGAGAAAGAUUUUUAAGUAUUGGUUCAAUUUGGUUUCAUUGAAGCUUCCUAAAUCUAUUGUAACACUUUAAGAUUCAUUUAUAAAACAUAUGUGAUAAUCAUGGUAAUUUAUUCACUAUUUGCUUUGUGUUAGAUUCUAUACUAUUGUUUUCAAAUACCAUUAUGAAAAAUAAAAAAUGAAUUUAUUACAAUCUGUG